AAUUCAUGGAUUGAGGAUGAGGAUUUGAAGGAUGAGUUACUCGUCCACCUCCAAUCACUUGGCAAAUAUGUCACAGCCUCGGCAAUCGUCGAACAUCUUGCAAAACCAGACGUACAACACCGAUACAGUCUGUCAAAGACAGUUUCAUUAGCGACGGCUCAGUGCUGGAUGAAGACUUGUGGUUUUUGCUGGACUACUGCCAAAAAUGGGCAAUACGUCGACAGUCACGAACGAGAGGAUGUUGUCAACUACUGA